UUACCCAAGAAAACUACGUGGUAAUUUGACAACAACUUGUGUCAGUUUUUUUAUUUAACGAUUUAUCCUAUUUCCAACAUUGACCUCAGGUUAACUGAAAAUAAUCCAAACAUAUUAAUUACUUAUCGUAUACAAUUUCACAGCAAUCUGGCAAUUCUUCACACACUAUCAAAUCCAACACGUUAUUAUAAUAAUCGGAACUUUAACUACCAAUUUUAAGCUAUAGCUUAUAGGCAUAAUAAAGAACCUUGGGCAGUUUUAUUACAAGUUAGUAGUUUGUAUUUCAACCUCGAACAGUUUCCACAAUUAUAACGUAACAUUAUUAACGCAAUAAAACUGUUCCGAUUUCGGUUGACGGUCCUUUGUGGUUGUCUACCAAAAAUGUGAAGUUUUUAUUUCAACCUCGUUUAUGUCAUUUCUCACAGUGCUGUAAGAAGCACUAAAUUUAUAAACACACACUACGCGUAAGCCAAGAUCGAUAUGAAUGGUUACAUAAGUGGGAUCUCUCAGGAUUGUCAACAACAAUAACAAAAUGUUACCUAACCAUUUAUUCUGUCGAUAUUCUAAUGUGCUCUUUAACAUUGUAAAUAAUUAUAAUACUGUAUACACUUAUCCCGGAGUGAAUUAAUUGCCCUACGACAAGGUGGACUGCAUCGCGGUGGUCAGACCACUUUGUUUUUGGCACGGCAAGAGACAUAGGACAGGUAGGCAGUGGCUUCUCCCCCCUCCAGCGGCUUACAUAACGCGUUCUCGCGCCGCGUUAGUCUACUCCGUCCGCGUAUAGGCUGUAAGCCGUGUACAUUGUUGUUAUCUCUUAUCAUCGUUCAUUCCUCAUUGUUGUGUUGGUGCUGUGAAACAUUGUGAUCCCGCGUGUGCUGUGAUACUCGUCGCGUACGCGCUUGUUGAUUGUUAUUGUUGUUCGUUAAGGUUACCUAACAAUUAAGUCUAUGUUGUCCAAUAACCCCACUUUUUAUUGCAAUGCACCAUGUGAGCUUUGAAUAGUUCAAUUAACUCUGAAACUGUUAGAUAUAGACCUUCAGUGCUUCUAGUGGACUCCUUAUAAAUACUAGUUGGAGAAUAGCUGAACACUGUUUAGACAUUAAUAUAGAUUUGGAACUUAACGUUUCGCUAUUAAUAUAGUUUUUAACAAGCGUAGACAUAGCUUUGCUGUAUAGGUUAGAAUCUGCACAUUACGUAACCAUCGAUUCCGUCCCUGCAACCACCUUGCGGGAUGGAAUCAACAUUGAUGCUUCUCCCCGUAGUUUAGCGGUGUCAUGUCGCAUACUUCGCCCGAUCCGGAAAACAUUGACCUGAGUCCUGACACGAGUUCCUUGGCGUCGGCCGCCACGUCCACAGGUGACGAGUCGAAAGCGAAGAAAAAACUUUGGUCGAAGUUCACAAAGAGCUUGAAAACAUUAAAAACCAAAAUGAGGAGUUCAAAACCCAAUUUCCCAGAACCAACCGUGGGCGGAGAAAUCAAAAAAGGGAAGAAGGGCAAAAAAUCUAAGAACAGCGGUGAUACCAGUGGUGUUGAAUUUAAACCGUCUUCGUCGGCGGAACCUGCGCCGAAAGGUCCAAAAAAUUUGAUGAAAAAACUUAGCGUCGAAAACAUCAGUUCCCCGUUUGUGGGCCUCCAGCCGAUCGCUGUGAGUCCUUCCAAGACAUCCUUCAGAUCGGGAUCCACGAGCGAGAGCAACCUCUCCGUCAGCGACCUGGACACUCCCAAGAAGUCUUCGACCUUGGACAAAAACACCAAGUACAACUUACCCUCCCAAGGGUCGCCAGACAGCGGCCGCGUCAGUCAAGCCAUGGAGGGAUUCGUGGCCGGCGGUCGACCGCAGAGUCAGGUUACCGCGGAAGGUUACACCCCAGGAGCACAGAAGACAUCGUUUGACCUGACCUUAGACAGUGACUACACCAACCCCAGACGGACUCCAGAGACUCCAACCGAAGAAAGUUCAUCCGGCGUUUCAGUGACAAGGGCCAAGAUAGUGGAACGUAAACCCCCUGCCAAACCAUUGCCAAGUAAGUCUGUAUCGUCUAGAGUAGAUACUAGAAAAGAUGAUCCCAUGACUGAUUGGAAAUUAUCAUUACGAGGGAAUACUGUGCCAGUUCUGGGUGGAUUACAGACGGGUAAAAAAGGUAAAAGUAAGAUUGUAUCGCCUAGAGUAGAUAUUAAAAAAGGUGAUACCAAGAUCGAAGGAAAUGUAUCAUUACCUGGAAGUAUUGGAAUAGGCAUUGGUGGAUUAAAAACAGAUCACACAAGUCAGGGUAAGAUUGUAUCGCCUGUAGUAGAUAUCAAACAUGAUGAUGCCAAGAUUAAAGGAAAAUUAUCAUUAUCCGGAAAUAUUGGUACUGUUGGUGGUGGAUUACAAACAAGCCUAACAAGUCAAAGUAAGAUUGUAUCGCCAUCGGUAGAUAUCGAACACGAUGAUUGUAAAAUCGAAGGGAAUUUAUCAUUACCUGGAAGUAUUGGAAUAGGCAUAAGUGGAUUACAAGCAGGCAUAACAGGUCAAAGUGAAAUUAUUUCGCCUACAGUUGAUAUAAAACACGAUGAUACCAACAUUGAAGAGAAAUUAUCAUUACCUGGAAGUAUUGGAUCUGUUGGUGGUGGAUUACAAGCAGGCCUAGCAAGUCAAAGUAAGAUUGUAUCGCCUACAGUAGAUAUCAAACACGAUGAUACCAACAUUGAAGGGAAAUUAUCAUUACCUGGAAGUAUUGGAUCUGUUGGUGGUGGAUUACAAGCAGGCCUAACAAGUCAAAGUAAGAUUGGAUCGCCUACAGUAGAUAUCAAACACGAUGAUACCAAAAUUGAAGGGAAAUUAUCAUUACCUGGAAGUAUUGGGAAUAGGCAUAGGUGGAAUACAAGCAGGCCUUAA